AUGGCAGCCGAAUCACUACUCCGGGCCGUACUUCGGCGCAAAGUCGAAUUUCUUCGCCAUGUCCGCCAGCGCCGGGCGCAUCACUCGCACAAGCCUCCGACGGCCGGCGAGCAGAUUCCGACACCGGGCAAUGUCCCUACCCUUCCCUUCUGGCAGCGACUCGGGCCCCUGACGAGGGCGGCCAUGGCAUACGCGCGCGCCCAGCGCAAGAGGCCAUAUACCACCCAGGUGGCCACGUCGCUGGUUAUCUGCUUCACUGCUGAUCUCUCGGCGCAAAGGAUGGGCGGGAGGGACUAUGAUCCCAAGAGGACGGUGCGGUCGCUGAUUGUCGGGUCCAUAUCGUCAAUUCCCAGUUAUAAGUGGAUGUUGUGGUUGUCCAACAAAUUUAAUUACUCGUCGCACAUCCUCUCGCUGGGCACCAAGGUGGUGGUCAACCAGAUCUGCUUCACCCCGAUCUUCAACACGUAUUUCUUCGGCAUGCAUGCCUUUCUCGCGGGCGAGAGCUGGAAUAAUAUCGUGGAGCGCAUCCGGGUCACGGUGCCUGUGAGCUUUGUCAACUCGUGGAAGCUCUGGCCGGCCGUGACGGCGAUCAGCUUUACGUUCAUCCCGAUGGAGUACCGGUCGCUGUUUGCGGGCGUGGUCGCGGUUGGGUGGCAGACGUAUCUGAGUUUCUUGAAUCGGAAGGCCGAGGAUGGAAAGACGAUUGAGCCGGCGCCGGCGCUGGCGGUAAAGGCGGUCGAGGCUCCAGUAGUUGCGGGAUCGACACAGGCGGCGGCGGCGGCGACAAGACCUGCCCUCUCAGCGGCCCUCCGCCCUCUUGCGCCCAAGCCAAGACUCCAGUCCUUUCCUCGUCGCCCGAACUCGACAACAACGACGACCACCACCACCACUACCGCUACCCCUACCCCUACCGAGCCCACCAAAGCUGCCGUCGCCGAUCCCUCGAUCCUCCCCCGUCGUCUAAAGCUCUCCGCCUACGCCGCCGCUCUUGCUGCCGUCCUCGGUGUAGGCUACUACUACGCGACAGACACCCGCGCCUCCGUCCACCAGUACCUCGUUCCUCGCCUCCUUCGCACCAUCUACCCCGAUGCCGAAGAAGCUCACCAUGUUGGUACUGCCGCCCUAAAGGGCCUCUAUGAGGUUGGCCUUCACAUUCGCGAGAGAGUUCCCGAGUAUCCCAACGGUCCUUUGUCCGUCAACGUUUUCGGCAAGCAGCUCCUCAACCCUAUCGGCAUCUCUGCUGGUCUCGACAAGGACGCCGAGAUCCCCGAUCCUCUGUUCGCCCUCGGUGCCGGUGUCGUCGAGGUUGGUGGCUGCACUCCCUUCCCUCAGGAGGGCAACCCCAAGCCCAGAGUUUUCCGCAUUCCCUCCGUCGACGGUCUGAUCAACCGCUAUGGUCUUAACUCCCGCGGCGCUGACGCCAUGGCCACCCGCUUGCGCGAACGCCUUCGCAAGUUCGCUCGCUCUGUCGGUCUUACCGAGAACCAGGUGCUGAACGAGGAGGGCACUGAUGACAUCCCUCCCGGCAGUCUCCACCCCGGCCGUCUCUUGUGCGUCCAGAUCGCCAAGAACAAGAAGACGGACGAGAAGGAUGUCAAUGCUGUCAUUCGCGACUACGUCUACUGUGUCGACAAGCUUGCCCCCUACGCCGAUGUCCUUGUCGUCAACGUCAGCAGCCCCAACACCCCCGGCCUACGCGACCUGCAGGCUACCGAGCCGUUGACCAAGCUUCUUUCUGCUGUUGUGGACGCCGCCCAGCAAACCAAGAGGAAGAUUAAGCCAAGAGUCAUGGUCAAGGUUUCACCCGAUGAGGAUGAUGAUACACAGAUGGAGGGUGUUGUGGAGGCUGUGUGGAACAGCGGUGUUGACGGUGUCAUUGUCGGCAACACCACCAAGCGCCGGACCGGCAUCGUUCCCAAGGGCGUCAAGCUGAUCGACGACGAGCCCAAUAUUCUCCACGAGGAGGGUGGUUUCUCAGGCCCUGCUCUGUUCAAGAACACUCUUAGCCUGGUUGGGAGGUAUCGCAAGAUGCUGGACGGCUAUGCUCUCAAGUCCGAGUCUGACAAGAGCGCUGCGCAAAAGGUUCUGUUCGCCUCUGGUGGAAUUACCAACGGUGAGCAGGCCUUGAAGGUUCUCAAUGCUGGUGCCAGUGUGGCCAUGGUUUACACCGGCAUGGUCUACACCGGUUCUGGCACCAUCACCAGGAUAAAGACCGAGAUGAAGGAGAAGCUCGCUGUCAAGUCGGCGUAA